CCGGAGCAGGCCCUGAGGCAGAGUGCCAGACCUCCGCCCUUUGCCCGACGUUGCCAUGACGGGCACAUGUACCCGGGAGUGCAGCGAGUUUGGUCACUCUGACACAUGCUGGAUGCCUGGCCAGUCGUCUCCCAGCCGCCGGACCAAGAGCAGCGCCCUCAAACUCUCCACCUUCGUGCCUUACCAGGACCGAGGAGGGCAGGAGCCUGCGGGCGCCGGAAGCCCCAGCCCCCCGGAAGACCGGAACACCAAAACGGCCCCCGUGCGCCUCCUGCCCUCCUACAGUGCCUUCUCCCACAGUAGCCAUGACUCCUGCAAGGACUCGGCCACCUUGGAGGAAAUUCCCUUGACCCAGACCUCGGACUUCCCACCCACAGCCACACCGGCAUCUGCCCAGACCGCCGCCAAGCGUGAGAUCUACCUGUGAGCCCCCUUCUGGCCGGCGGCCACCCCUCCCCCAGUCGCCGGCCAGCUCCCAACUGGGUCUAUUCCAGGGCCCCACUCCUUCCCUCCAGCGUGGACUCUGUGGCCAGGGCCCGAUCCGUGGGAGUACUGGCUUCAAGACCACGUUGGCCCUUGCCCCCAUGCAGGGUCCAAGUCCUUUCCUCCAUUCCUACCCCUUAGCUCCAAGGAGCCCCUUCUUCCCCACUAUGGGGCUCCACCCAGCGGAUGCCCUCGAGGGCUUCUCUGCAAUGACUGGGCUCCCUUCCAUCUACUUCUAGGGAGCACCCCUUGCUUUGGGCAGAUGGUGGAGUCAAGAGUGGGCAGCACACUUUAACUCAUUGUUUCCUGCAUGGCUGACCAGGGCAGUGUAGCCUUGCAGCUGGGUAAACUAGGGGACUUACUCCCUGGGGAUGCCCAAAGGAAACUUUCCACCACCAGGGGCUCUCUGAAGGGCUGUUGUUACCAAAGGUGGGGUGGGGAUUGGGGUGAGAGUGCUGUGAAGGCCUCUUCCAGUACUGCUCCUGGGCUGGCCCACCUGCCUGUCACAGGCUCAUGCCCGAUCCCAUCUGGGCAGCCCCUUCCCUGCUGGUCUUGCGGUGUCUGUAUAUAAGGACCUUGGAAUGAUGUCCCCCAUUUCUGCCUGAUUUGCAACUUUUCUUGUUGAUGUUGUGUU